AUGAACAUCCAGACUUUGGAGCGGAGCCCACAGAACCACCGGGGCGGGCAGGUGUCGCACUUGCUUUUGGCCUCGGGUCAGUUUGGAUCGGAGAACCUGGCCGUAACAUGGGUUGAAGGUGAACCGGGCAGCGAACAAACGGUCCACUCCCAUGAAGGUCGGGAACAGGUGUACGUCAUUGUCCAGGGACGGGGUGCGAUGCGGGUUGGGGACGAGGUGGAAGAGGUCGGGCCGGGCACGGCCAUUUUGGUGCCGCCGGGCACCAACCACUUCAUACGCAACAUUGGGGAGGAUAAGCUAAUCUACGUCUCCGCCACUUCCCCGCCCUUUGCGAUGCAGGAGGGCAACACCAGCUGGUCGGCUCCGGCCGGGGCGUAG